AUGACCCAGUUCGGGGACUUCGCGCCCCUCUGCCACACUGUCCCAUCCUAUCCCUGGUGCAACCUCUUCUACCGCCAGCUCGAAGACAACAAUGUCACCGUCCUUGUGAAUGCAUCUGCCAAUGCAGCAGCAGCCCCCGUAGGUAUCAACCCCGAAUGUGGCAUCCUGCGCGUCGGCUUCGACCACUCGAUCGGCAACGUCGCCAACAUCAUCGUCUGCGGCUUCAGCAUAAUUUUCAUGUCGAUCUUGAUCUUGUGGACGCACAGGAGAAAAGCGGCUGUCGGCCGCCUCGAGCUCCUCCAUUUUCUCGCGCUCUACGCGCUCACGCUCCCCCUGCAACUCCUCACGACCGGGGCAUUCCUCGAACAAGGCUCCACCGCUCUCACGGCUCUCAGCGCGGUUCAUGCAGGGCUUGUCGCAGCCACGUUCUGGGCACUCCUCGGCAACGCAAUCAUCAGUACGCAGGUGCUCGAGGAUGGGACGAUUAGCGCGCUCAUCCCGUUCAACUUCUUCACGCUUGCGUUCUUCGUGGCAACGACGUAUAUCGCGCUCGACGUCGGCUUCACGUUCACGCAUGUGUUUGGCCCGAGCGAUCCCUCACAAUCGCUACAUAGCGUACCUCUCUUCGUGCUCACGUCCAUCUGGCCCGGCGCCGCUGCGAUCAUCUACUUCCUUAUCAUGCUGUACGUCGUACUCGGCAUGCUCAACGAGGUCCGCCCGGUGUGGUACUUCGUGCUCGCGAUGGUGCUCUUCGUGCUCAGCCAGCUGGACUAUUUCUUGUUGAACAAGGUCAUCUGCAAGGGCACCUCGGCAAAAGUAGACGGUUCGUUCGUCGCGACCAUCCUCGAGACCGCGGCAGUAGGCGUACUCUACCUCGCAUGGAGAAGCAUCACGGAAGAAUCUUGGGACGACGACAUAUACUAUCCGCGGUGACAUCCGCGGCUGGCCUUAUCUAUUCCUUUUUUGAUAUUCGGAUCUCGGAAUGUUGGAUUGACAUUGGCAUACCCGGCCCGCGCAGCCCCGCCCUUAUACAGACUCCGCGCGCAUGUUUAUAGUAUUUGUGCUGUCUGUUGUAUUACUAGCGCUGUCGCUUAUGCCGUACGUAGUCGUCGUUUUGUGAAGUGUAUACAUGCGGAACCGCUUGUUUUGCUUC